UCACCUCAUUUGAACAACCCUUUUCACCUCAUUUGAACAACCCUUUUCACCUCAUUUGAACAACCCUUUCGCGUGCAUCAACACCAUCAUCGCCACAAUGUCCGACUCAGAGGGCGGUGGUGACCUCUUCGGCGACGAGGCAGGAUCAGCUGGUUCCCCAGAUCAAGUGCUUAGUGAUCAGGAUCUCGGAUCGGACCUAGAUGAUGGUGAGAAUCGCGAACGCGACCAGGAUCGCGACGAGGACAACGGUGAUGAGGAUCAAGAAGUCAAGGUGAAGCGCAUUAUGGGUGUUACGCUUCAUCGACACAGGAUUCCUAGAACCUCUAAGGAUGGCUCUGGCUUCCUGCAAACCCUGAAAAUCCCUUCCUUCCUUAAGCUACAGGCAGAAGAGUACAAGCCUGACACGUAUGAGGCGACCGAGUGGGAUAUCCAAAACGCGCGUUCCGAUAAACGCAAGAACGUUGUUCGUUUCACACGAGAUCCCGAGACCGGCGAGUUGAAAAGUAACGCGCUCAUCUACCGAUGGGACGAUGGAUCCGUCACUAUGUCGGUCGGCGCCGAACAUUACGAGAUACAGAAGAAGAUAAUGGCGCCGGGUGCUGAUAAGCCGCACUACGAAGAGCGAGAUGACGCCCACUACUAUGUCGCCGCCGCACAUUUCACGAGCGAACUAUUCGUGACUGUCGGCCACGUCAAUGAGCAGUACACCGUCAACCCGCCCAGGGAAAUCAAGGACGAGGCUAUCCUCAAAUUCAAUAUUGCCAUGGAGGAAGCGCAACGCGCUAAAAGACGAGGUGCCAAUAUGAUCUUUACUACUAAUAAAGAUCCGGAACUCCAGAAGAGGGAGGCUGAGGCGGCCGAGAAGGAGCGCAUGAAGGCGCAGCGACGACGAGAGAACGCGUCCGCACGCAUAGAUAGUCGAGCUAUCGGCUCCUCUGUUAACUACAAGAGCGGCCUUUCGAUCGGCGAACUAGAGGGCGGACGAAGAGGCGGCAUUUCUCGCAAGAGAGGCGCACCGGGAGCAUCCAAAGGGAAGCGACGCCGGGCAGAUUAUGACUCGGACGACGACUUUGCAUCGGGUGCUCAUCGUAGGAACGAGUAUGACCGCGAGGAUGACUUUAUUGCGUCUAGUGAUGAAGAGGAGGAAGGAGGUGGUGAGGACGAUGAGGAAGAGGAAGAUCUCCUAGAUGAUGACGAGGAGGAAGAGGUGCCGCGCAAGAAACGACAGAAGACGGCCGAAGCGGAAGAAGAUGCUGACGCUGAUGCGGAUGCUGACCUGGAUGACGUGGACGUGCCUGCUCCGGCCGGCGAGUCUUCUCACCGACGAAGACGACACAUCAUCGACGAUGAGGACGACGAGGAGUAAAGGAAAAUUGGACGUCAACUUGAUUAGGGAAAGGAGUUUCGGUCUGUACUUUGCUCAUCGCCGUUGCUAGUCAUUGCUGGAGGCUACGAUGCCUACCUAGGUAGUUUACGAAUACCAUUGCACAAAUGCACCCCUAAUUCUGAGAUACUAAUGUCUGAAAGUCUCAG